AUGGUGGAUUAUGUGGCUGAUUACUUAUCAACAAUUCGUUCCCGCCGAACAUUACCAGACGUCCAACCUGGAUACCUUAAACACCUCAUACCAGACCAUGCCCCUAUACAUGGGGAUAAGUGGGAAGAUAUCAUGGCUGAUAUUGAAAGGGCCAUCAUGCCAGGGAUUACUCACUGGCAGAGCCCUCAUAUGCAUGCAUACUUCCCUGCACUCACAUCAUAUCCGUCAAUGCUUGGAGACAUGUUGGCUGAUGGUAUCAGCUGCUUAGGGUUUACAUGGGCAUCUAGUCCCGCGUGUACCGAGCUGGAAAAAAUCGUGAUGGACUGGCUGGCUGAUUUGAUUGGUCUUCCAAGUAUUUUCACCCACCGUGACACAACAAGCACUGGAGGUGGCGUGCUCCAGGGCACCAUGAGUGAGGCCACUUUAGUAUCCAUGUUCGCUGCUCGACGAGAUGCUAUAAUCCGACUUCAGGAGAAACCAGAAUACCAAGGCAUGGAGGAAGCGACGAUAUGUUCCAAGCUAGUUGCUUACUGUUCAGAUCAGGCUCACUCUUCCUUAGAAAAGAAUGCAGUGAUAGCCAUGGUGAAACUCAGACAUGUGCCCUCAGAUAAGAAGCUUAGCCUACGAGGAGAAGCGCUUCGUGCUGCCAUUGAACAAGACAGAAAUAGAGGACUGGUCCCUUUCUAUGUAUGCGCCACCUUAGGAACUACUGGGGCUUGUGCAUUCGACAAUCUUGCUGAAUUGGGUGAAAUAUGUGAAAGGGACAACUUAUGGUUGCAUGUAGACGCGGCCUACGCCGGUACAGCAUUCUUGUGUCCGGAAUUCCGGGGCCAUCUCCACGGGGUAGAAAAGGUUCAGUCAUUUGCUUUCAACCCGAGUAAAUGGCUGAUGGUUCAUUUUGACUGCACUGCUAUGUGGAUACGAGACAGUAAAACACUGGAGAAGGCAUUCUGCGUAAAGCCACUAUACCUCCGCCAUGAUAAGCAGGGAUCGGCCGUCGAUUUUAUGCAUUGGCAAAUCCCACUGAGUCGACGCUUCCGCUCCCUGAAGCUCUGGUUUGUUCUACGCUCGUUUGGUGUAAAGAAACUUCAGGAGCAUGUCCGUAGGGGUGUUCGACUAGGUCGCUACUUUGAGGAACUAGUUUCAAACGAUGCUGCAUUCGAAAUUCCAGCCGAGAGAAAACUUGGUUUGAUUGUCUUUAGACUGAAGGGACCAAAUGAACUCACUCAAGAGCUUUUGAGACGCCUCAAUUACUCCGGCAAGAUCUAUGUUGUACCUGCCUCCAUUAAGGGUCUUUACGUCAUCCGAUUCACUGUGACGUCAACAGAGACCACUGAAGAUGACAUUUUGGAGGAUUGGCGUCUCAUCCAGUCACUUGCACGUGAAAUUUUCGUCUCGACAGACAUCGUGGCCAACGUCCCCACAAGGAUGGCAUCAUGGCCUGGUGCCCUCAAUCUUACCGGUGCACCAAGUGCCAUCCACGUCCUUAAGAACCGGAAAGAAAACUAUGGUGAAAACAACAACGAAGAUAAGAGAGAAGAUGAGAAUGAAAGCCUUGCAAAGAAAAUAGAAGAAAUGAAUGGGGAAGAAAGGGAGAAUGUGCCACUCAUCUACAAACCAGGACGAGAAAGAAAGACAUGUCUUAAAAAGCUGAUGAACUACCGUAAAAAGAUGGGUCGUCGUGCGAUGUCAGAAGAAGCUGAGGGCUACGGCUAUCCUUUCAAUGCAUUCUACAGCUUCGAGGAUACUUCCAGCGGUCUACCCUCGCCAUGCGAAGACCUUGAUGACCAGGAGUUUGUUGGAGAGGAUGAAGUGUUUGGGAGCAAUGGUCAUAUCGAGAAUGGGCACUCCAACGCUGACGUGCUUGAGCAGCUAGGUGGCGAUGAUGAUGAUGAUGACAACGAAACAGCCACACCUAUGGACAGUCCCAAGGCAGACGAUGAUAACGCGAGCUUCCCGCCGACACCGAAGCACGAGGUCGCAUCUGACGAUGGCAUUACUCAACUCAAUACCACACCAAGUACCAACAUCACCAAACUGGAUUUCACGGCCAAUGGGCAAGCACAACCAAUCAUCAUGGGCACAGAGAAACCUGCUGAUGUUGGGGUCGCCAGCAAGGGUAGGUUUGGUGCUCUCAGCCAGACUAAAGAAAGCACCUACAAUGGAGUGGUGAAUAUUUGCCACUAUCGCUCCACCAAAGGCUCCUCAAACGGCUCCACCGAAAGAAACGAGGAGGAGCAGAAUACCGAGUUGUGCGACCAAGAAUAAUUCCUUGCCGAUAUAAAUUCAUAUAGUACUAGAAUCAAGUGUCAUGUGUGUUCAAUAACUAUCGUAAUUACUGUUUGAACAAGAAAUUAAAAUGUAUAUUAACUUUUCUGUCUAUAUCAUGAAUAAAUGUAGGCGUUCUGAUUGUAAAUGCAAGGGAUCGUUGCUAAGAGGGCAUUUAUUUUUAUUCCCUCUGUGCCCAUCACGAUCAUUCACACUUCCAGAUUAUGAAAUCAAUUUUUGAAUCAAAUAGAAAACCGUCUUUUAGAAAGAUAUUUACGAUUCAUAUCAUUGUAGGCCUUCCAGACGUCCUUUAUCAUAGCGAAUAAUUUUCUGCUAGUAAUGUGGAUGUGUUUUGUCCCUGUAGCAUGCUCUAUAAUUGGUUCAUGACAUAGGUCCUCUGGUGUAUAUACAGCAAUGAUAAAAUGUUUGUAUUAUUUCGUUACUUAUGACAAAACAAAAUAAAAGGAACGACACCAUUCUAAAUCAAGUACAACGUUAUCCCACAUUAGUAUUAGUCAUGAUAAUGGGAAUUUUUAUUUAGGAUAAACGAACAAUACUCUUCCUUCCAUAAACCAAUGAACCUCUUCGUUCAUAAAGUCAAGUACAUAUACAUUACAAUCAUUGAUAGAUUUGUUCAUUUAAAACCAUUGAACUGCUGUAUAUAUAGUUUUGUAACCCAUAAUAUUGAAGCAAGUCCAAUCGGAUAUUAUAAUAGUGAAUACCCUGAGGGGGAAGUAAGUAUGGAUCCAUCGCAUUGUGCAACGCUAAAAUGGAUAUGUGAGAUAAAGCCCAUUUAUUUAUAAGUCUACUGUUAUUCGCGUUUGUAUUUCAACAAAGUUUGUCCAAAAAAAAAUCGACAUCUUGUCAUUAUCAAGAAAUAGUAUAACAUGAAUAUCGCAUUGAGUUUGUAUAAAUAAUAUUUGAUUGCUUUAGAUGAGAGAUCACUAAAUCAUGACAGUAAUUGAAAAUGUAAUUGACAAGUUGAUAUUUGUAUCGAUCGAGGACUUAUGAGUUCGUUUUGAAUCUUCAUUGUAACCAAUAAUGAAAUUAAGUGUAAAAAAAAUAUUUUCCCCUCCAAUAUAAGAGUAAUUUAUAUAGUUUUUACUUAGUAUUUAUUUGUCUUACACCCUACUCAAGCUGUACAUGUACGAGGAAGAUGUAAAGAUUUGAAUUUAAUUUAAUAAUGUUUGAAUUGUGAAUUAAAGCAUUGUGUGUAGAUCAUAUUCAAUUAAAGGAGGUUGUUCUUUAGCCGAAAUUUUAGUGUCUAAAUGUAGAUUAUAUUUCGUCUCUAAGAAACGUAUGGAACAUAUAAUAAAAAACAUAUUUACUUCAGACGUUGAUUACUCAUUGAAUUUAUUUAUUUCUAGACAAAAAUGUCAAUGGUAAACAUCAAAACAGGAGGAUGCGCCAUGCUUUCUCAUGACAUCAUUUAGUCUAUCGUCACCCAUGCCGUGCAUGUAACUGCUUUCAAGCUAAAUUUUAAAUUGUAUUACUUUCUUUUUUCACAUCGUAUUUUAAUAUUCCCAGUGUUAUGAGUAAUUGAUUAUUCUCUAUAUUUCAUUUAUCGUAUUGUGACCUUCAUAGUUGGUAUAUCAAUCAAUGAUAAACAACACAUACAAAGCAGAAUUAAGGCCAAUCAUAUAUGUAUGAUUCUUUAUUCACAUAUCGUAUUUAAAAAUCUGUUUUGCUAGUUAAUAUAUAUGACAAAAAUAAAAUGUAAGCAUGAUGGAAUACUUGAGAUAAGAAGCCGCAAUUCAACGCGUUUACGGCUGACGUCAUUUUGAUGAUAAUAUACAAUGUAAAAUUACAUGUGCACUUAAUUUUUGCAUGUAUGGUUCAAGAAUGUUUCUGAUUUACAUUUACAAACGAAAGAUCCAAACAGAUUGAUGAUACAUAGGCCUACAUAUAGCUUGCUCGCUACUACUUAAUAGUUGGGCAACAUAAGCGUGUAUUAAAGGUAUAAUGACUUUUAAAAAAAUGGUACAGUCCGUUAUAAGCACAGUAUAUACCAAAUGAAAAGUGGUUAAUGAUAUUUCAGUUAAGGAUGUUCUGUCAUGAUUUCAUUUAAAUCUCUCUAUAUAUACACUUUAAUUCUAUAGGUAUUUAGUAAAUGCAAUUAAAAUAUAAUUCAAAUCCC